GCGAAUGUAUGUUGGAGAUGGAUGAUUGCCGAUGAUGAUGGCAAAACUGUUAUACCACGUUGGCGAAGAAGAACCGACAGCGCGAGUCCACGACGCCGGCAUCCGGUGAUAUUCUGAUCUUUGUACCUUCGUCGAACUUGAACUUGUAUUUUGUAAAGAAUCGGUCGAAAUCACGCGGAAUCCUCUGUGUCAACCGCGACUUCUUAUCAGCCUAUUUAAGUUAUUUGCAUUGGUAGCUGCGAUCAGUUGGUGCAAAAGCGCGAGUCGACGUGAACAAUAUAGAAGUUCGGUUAUAACUUUUAUUAUUAGUGAACCUAAACUUGAAGUAUCAAUAGUUUUUUUAUUUCAUUUUUGUACAUCGAGAACUACUCCUCAUUGUAGUUGAAUUGAAUUAACAUCUACAAAAUGUCUCCAAAUAUUGAUUCCGCAACGGGGGUGCUGCAUGAAACUGAUGAAGAAAUUUUAGUCGAAAACCCGAUUUGGAAGGAGCCCGACGGCAGAAAGGCGAAGUUAGUUUGGAGAAAUGUAAUUAUUUUUGCUUACCUUCAUUUAGCUGGAUUAUACGGAGCUUAUUUAAUGCUGACUUCUGCUAAAUGGGCAACAUGUAUAUGGGCUUAUAUAUUAUACACUUGCGGAGGCCUGGGGGUCACUGCGGGUGCACAUAGACUUUGGGCACACAGAUCUUACAAAGCCAAAUGGCCCUUGCGUCUUAUGCUCACAACUUUCAACACUCUCGCAUUUCAGGUAAUAGCAACAAAUAUUAUAUAUAUAUAUACAGGGUGUUCCAUCUAAGGCGGCUUUGACUCA